AAAACGAAGAAAAACAAAAGAACGGGAGCCGACCCCCCUUGGAUCCAUUCGCACUCCCAUCUUUCCCCCAUGUAAGCAAUACCCUCGCCGUCACCGAUAACCCAACUCCUUGAGCAACCUCACCCUCCGCCCCCUCUUCUAUCCGCCGUCGCCGAGAAGCGGAAGGAGAAGGAAAGAAUCCGAGAGCAAGAAGUGGAGACGGCUGCCGUGUGAACCCUCCUAUCUGAUCGCUCGCUUGCUGGUGAUUCGAUCACCUCCUCCUCCUCCUCCUCCUCCGCCGCCGCCGCCUCCUGUGGAACUAGGCUUUUGUGAGGGUUUGUUCCCCUCCGCCGCUGGGUCUUGCUUAGGGUCUGGUAGGGUUUCAUGGCGUCGGAGGAUGUCGUUGGGAAGAGCACGAGCGAGUCGGCGGUGACGACGAUCGUGAAUCUGGCGGAGGAGGCGAAGCUCGCCAGGGAGGGCGUCAAGGCACCCGGGCAUGAGCUCCUCAGCAUCUGCAAGUCGCUCGUGGCCGGCGGCGUCGCCGGUGGAGUGUCACGGACUGCUGUUGCUCCACUUGAGCGAUUAAAAAUCUUGCUUCAGGUCCAAAAUCCUCACAAUAUAAAGUAUAAUGGAACGAUUCAAGGCCUUAAAUACAUAUGGAGAUCUGAGGGUUUUCGAGGACUAUUCAAAGGCAAUGGUACUAACUGUGCACGCAUUGUCCCAAACUCGGCAGUCAAGUUCUUUAGCUAUGAGCAAGCAGCCAGUGGAAUUUUGUGGUUUUACCGUCGGCAAUCAGGCAAUGAAAAUGCUCAACUGACUCCUGUAUUGCGCCUUGGAGCUGGAGCAUGUGCUGGAAUAAUUGCUAUGUCUGCUACUUAUCCUAUGGACAUGGUUCGGGGCAGGAUAACAGUUCAGACUGAGAAGUCCCCUUACCAGUAUAGAGGAAUGUUUCAUGCACUAGGUACGGUCUACCGAGAGGAAGGCUUUCGUGCUCUGUACAAAGGCUGGCUUCCAUCAGUAAUAGGAGUGAUUCCAUAUGUUGGCCUCAACUUUGCUGUCUAUGAAUCCUUAAAGGAUUGGUUAGUCAAAUCCAAGCCAUUGGGUCUUGUUGAAGACUCAGAGUUGAGUGUGGUGACAAGGCUUGCUUGUGGAGCUGUUGCUGGAACUAUAGGCCAGACUGUUGCCUACCCUCUUGAUGUCAUUCGGAGAAGAAUGCAGAUGGUGGGUUGGAACCAUGCUGCUUCUGUUGUGGCAGGCCAAAGGGGAAGCAAAGCGCCAUUGGAAUAUACUGGAAUGGUUGAUGCAUUUAGGAAAACAGUGCAUAGUGAAGGAUUUGGAGCAUUAUACAAGGGCCUCGUUCCCAAUUCAGUGAAGGUGGUGCCAUCCAUCGCAAUUGCAUUUGUGACAUACGAGGUUGUGAAGGAUGUUCUUGGAGUAGAAAUGAGAAUAUCGGAUUGAAGCUGAAAAAAAGGGGGCCCAACUGCUAUUUUGCUGGGGGCAUCAACUGCUAUUUUUGUAGGUGGAUGGUAGAAGAUAGGAAAUGUGCUCGGUAUUAAGGCCUCAACCCAUGUUGAUAUCAAACCAGCACUUCAGAACCUGUUGCCAGACAUCUAGCUUUGACCUCCCCAACUCAAAGAAUAAAUUGGCUAUUGGGCAGGGAGAAUUUGUGUAGCUUCCGUGUUAUCUGUUAACCCUAUAUUUAGAUUGUGUUUUGUUCGUUUGCCGUUUUAUUUUCUGCUUGUCCAUGUAGCAUGGGCUAUCUAGCUUUUUUCUUCUUUUGACAGAGCCUUCUGAUUAGUCCAGAAGAAAGCCAAGUUACCAAUACAAUAAAAAUCCUGGCCUUUUUGUUGUUCUGUUUUCUAUUUUGGUAUGAUAUUGUUUCUUUAUCAUACAAUAAUCAAAUAAAUAUAGAACAUUGAUAUGUA